UACUUUCAUCUCCUCUCUGAGGUCUCUCGUUCGAAACGCCGUGCCUUCACUUUUGCCCCUUUUCUGGCAUUUUUCGUCGUCGCCGUCGCCGUCGUCUUCUUCCACUUCAACCUGAAAACCAUGGAACCAGACCAGUCCUCUUCGGCCCCUAGGAAGCUCAAGUUUGCUCCCAAAGCCCCUCCUCGCAGAAGGCUCAAACCCACCGCUCCCAAAACCGAAGCUGGUGACGAAGAUGGAGAAGCUGAGCAGGUCCAGCAACUGCUUCGCCGCAUCAAUGAGAAUCAUGGAAGACGGAGGCCUAAAGACGAAAAGAAAUCUUCCAUUCAAGUUGCAUUUGGUCCUGGAGAUAAGGCAUCAACUCAGAUAAAGAGAUACGGUAGUGCUAAGGAUGGGAGUGGUGGUAAAAGCAGCGAUUCAGACACAAAAAGUUCCGAUUAUGGGCAAACUCUCUUAUCUUUACCUUCAGCUGCCAAUGAAAAUGUCAGAGAAGCGUGUUUUGAAGAUUCUACCAGUAAAUCUGCGCAGCUUGUCAAGAAAGACUAUAGAGAACCUUGGGAUUACCACAACACUUACUAUCCUUCUACUCUUCCUUUGAGGAUGCCUUCCUCUGGUGACCCAGAAAUUCUUGAUGAAGCAGAAUUUGGGGAGGCUGCAGCUAAUACAGAGUACGAUGAAAAUACAAUAAAUCCUGCUUCAGACCUUGGGCUGAUGGUGGAAAGUGAGGAAGAAAAGAUGUUUUUCUUUAAGCUUCCUGCUAGUCUGCCAUUUCUCAAGCGAUCGACUAGUAGAAAGGGGAAAGAGAAAGUUGAAACCCAUACAUCAUCGGAUGGAGGAGGCGUUUCAAACAAGGGCUGCAGGUUGGAAGAGUUGCCAGAUGGAUAUAUGGGCAAAAUGCUGGUCUACAAGAGUGGAGCAAUCAAGUUAAAGCUAGGAGAUGCCCUGUAUGAUGUUUCACCUGGUUCAGAUUGCAUAUUUGCUCAAGAUGUUGCAGCAAUCAACCUUGCAGAAAGACAGUGUUGUGUUCUGGGAGAGCUUGGGAAACGGGCUGUCGUAAGCCCUGAUGUUGAUUCCCUGUUGGAUAGCGUAAUUGACUUGGGCUAGUGCAAAAGACCUUUCAUGGUGGGAGAACUGCUAGAGCAUGAUAGAGAGCUAUUAUAGGCGCAUUUGCAAAGAGGUAGUUAUUAAAGAGUAAAUAUGUAACUAAACUGCUGACAAGUUGGCUUGUGCUGACCUUUAGGAUGUCAAAUUCUGAACUGUCAAAUCCCUUCACAAAAUCCAUUCUAGAGAAUUAAAAGGAGAUAUUUUGUCU